AUGACCUCUUUGUGUGAGAAAAUUAUCUCCAUUCUGCCAUCUUGGAGAAAGCUAAAUGGACCCAACCAGCUGCUCUCAUUCCAGCAGUUUGUUUAUGAUGUGCAGGAGCAGCUUAACCCAUUGGCGAGUGAAGACGAUGUACGGAAUAUUGCACAACAACUGCACAGCAUUGGAGAGGUAAGAAUGAAUUAAUUCACAUUAUCCCAUAUUGACCUGUUUUUGCCAGAACACUAUUUCCAGACCCUCCUCUAUGAAGUAAACAUGUGUAAAAAUAAUAUAUAUUAUACAUUGUCAAUACAUUGCUACUGCUAGAACCUUAUAGUCAUAGAAGUCUUGUUUAUUAGAUAUGUCACUCACAAAAACAAUUAUAGUAGUAACUAUAGCUAAAUAGCUCUCAAACCCAGUUACACCUCAAGGGAUCUCAUGUAUCUCCAAACUACUGGCAGGUAUGUUGAAAAUCUAUGUUGAGGCCCUAAGAUGUUAAUGAGUAUUACCCAGCUGGAGUAUGACUAUUCUCUAGAUACCAUGAGCAAGUAAAAUAAUCCUGAUGCAGCCUCUGAUUAGGAGCUGUUAAUACUUUCUCCAUGACUUCUGGAAACUGCAGUAAAAAUAUCAAUUCUUAUGCGUCUCUCAGGGAUAUACGUGUCCUUUGCACUGCAGUAGGUUAUGAAAUCAGUAAGAUCAGCAGUGUGAAUAGCUGGGUUAGUGAAUGCCAUCUCUUCUAGUAGUAAUAUCAUUUGGCAUAUUUGUAACAUGCUGCUAAAAAUUUAAGCCAUUAACCUGAAAUAAUGUGUGCUCUAAUUGCACAGUAUGUCUGCAUAUUACAUCUAAUGUAAUAUGUUCUCUUUUAUUUGUACAUUAAUUGCAUAGGUCAACGUAAUGCAGAGUGAGACCGUUCAAGAUGUGGUGCUUUUAGAUCCACGAUGGCUGUGUUGCAAUGUCCUUGGAAAACUUCUGUCUGUGGAGAACCCGAAAGCCCUACAUCAUUAUCGAGGUAGAUACACCAUGGAGGAUAUUCAACGUCUGGUCUCUGAUAGUGAUGUUGAGGAACUUGUGCAGAUUUUGGAUGCAAUGGACAUAUGUGCCAGAGAUCUUAGCAGCGGAUCAAUGGUAGACAUCCCUGCUCUCAUAAAAACAGACAGCCUUCACAGAUCAUGGACAGAUGAAGAAGAGGACAUUAUGAUUUAUGGAGGAGUUAGAAUUGUUCCUGUGGAACAUCUUACUCCUUUCCCUUCUGGAAUAUUUCACAAAGUCCAAGUCAAUCUGUGCCGAUGGACACAUCAACAGAGUGCUGAUGGUGAUGCAGACAUACGCCUUUGGGUAAAUGGGUGCAAAAUUGCAAACCGAGGGGCUGAAGUUUUGGUGUUGCUGGUCAACCAUGGUCAAGGUAUUGAAGUACAAGUGAGAGGCAUGGAAACCGAGAAAAUAAAAUGUUGCUUACUUCAAGAUUCUAUUUGCAGUAUCAUUGACAACUUAUUUUCCACAACAUUGCCUGGACUUUUAACUGUAAAACAUUACUUAAGCCCUCAACAAUUAAGGGAACACCAUGAACCAGUGAUGGUUUACCAACCUAGAGAUUUCUUACGAGCUCAGGGUCAAAAAGAAACAUAUUUGGCAAACACAAUGGCUGGAUACAAGGAAAGUUUUAGCAGCAUAUUGUGCUUUGGCUGUCUGGACAUUUACGCUCAAGGAAAUUUAGGAAUGGACCAUCACAUUUCAGAUCUGAAUGUUCUAACAAGACGAAAACUCAGCAGACUUUUAGAUCCUCCAGACCCCAUGGGCAAAGACUGGUGUCUUCUUGCGAUGAACCUGGGCUUGCUGGAUUUAGUUGCCAAAUACAACACGAAUAGCAAUACAACACAAAAAGAUUUUCUUCCAAGCCCAGUUUGUGCUGUUUUGCAAGAAUGGAGUAACUCUUCUGAAAGUACUGUUGCUGUUUUAAUGUCAAAACUGAGGGAACUUGGGCGCAGAGAUGCAGCAGAUUUCUUACUCAAGGCAUCCAACAUAUUUAAGGUGCAUCUGGAUGUCCAUGGACAAGAAGCGUAUGCAGGAAGCUGUAACAGCGGCACUUCCUAUAAUUCAAUCAGCUCAGUAGUGUCACGAUGACUAUGGAUUGGCAUGAAUUUACCUCUGUUAUACUGAAACCAGUGUAAAAGAAUUAUGCUCUGAUAAGUGUUACUAGAGUUUGAGUCUUUAAUCGUUAAUUUAUAAGCUUCCAUUUAGGAAUGCGACAUGCCCUUAAAAUCUUGUAAUAGAUCUUUGUACUUUUUAGUAAGAAAUAUUAGAUUUUAUCAUAGCUUUUUAAAGGAUCAUACUUUUCAACACAGUCCAGAUUUCUCUACAAAUGUGCUGCUAAUUACUGCCAUCUGGAUAAAUAUGUCCAUUUUGUUUUUAUUUUUUUAAACUGAUUAUUUUGUAAAUUUUCCUAAUCUUUUUGCACAGUUGUUAAUUUGUAUAAAUCAUGGUCGCCUAUUGAUUUUGCUUAAUGUUUUAUAUUCAAAGGAGGAGCAAGAAGAUAUAGAUGUGAAGUAGGUGCUAAGUUGUUGCAUUCAGAAACGCGGAACUGUAAACACCAAGAUUGCGAUCAGUCAGGAUAUGUACUGCGAUAAAUUUACAUCUCCCUCUACCUCUUCAGUCUGCAUGAUAACUGUAACAUGAGUAUUUCAUAUACUGCUGUGCUUUAUAUGUAAGGUACUCGUCCUGCUUUAUAAAGAUCACAGUAGUUAAAUACAUGUAAAUCAUAAAGAGAGGAUUUUCCAGUGCAGUCUCUAUAGUGACUGCAUUGCUCAGGUACAUGAUUAGUGUUACCAGGUAUGGGGCAUAUAUGUGAAAUAAUGUGUCAAAGUAUUAUUUUUAUUUUCAUGCUAGCUUCUUCAGCAUGGCUUUACUAAGCCUUGUUUUGCAGCGACUACAAAACACAGACUUAAAAUUCUGAGCAAUGUGAAGUUACGAUUCAAAUCUUAUAUCCGUUCAUCUCAGGAGCAGGUCUUUAUGGUCUGUGCAGUACACAUUGCAUCUCAAGAUUCACUGCAAGAUAACCUUUGUUAGCAGUUAUUUUUAGUUUAAAUGCAGCAGGCAUCUUUUUAUUAUUUUAUAUUAUGAAGGAUGUAAUAAUAGUACCUGAACUUUAAACAAACAUGUAAGAUCUCUUGCUGAGAUUUUAACUUACAACCAAUACUGAAUGAUAAAAUACACAACAUGCAUGUUAUAUAAAUGAAAUAUUCUAGAUGUAUAUACUGAAAUGAUCCUGUUUCUUAAGCUUUUAUUUGUAG